AUCGAAACAUGGCUGAAAGAACAGGCAACAGCACCCAAGACAUUGGUGCCCUCAUCCAAAACAUCAUUGAAAUUGUCGUAUUCUUCGUUAAAUUCUGGUAUGCCACCGUUGAAGGUUUCAUCCGCGGCUUCAUGAAGAAGGAAGAGGUUGAUGUCAAUGGUAAAUUUGUAUUCAUUACUGGUACUGGUCAUGGUAUUGGCAAAAAUUUGGCUUUACAAUACUCCGCAUUGGGCGCCAAAAUCAUCUGUGUUGAUGUCAACGAAGCCAAUAAUACCGCAACCGUCAAGGAAAUCAAACAAUCCGGUGGUGUUGCCUUUGGUUAUACCUGUGAUGUCACCAAUCGUGAAGCCAUCUUUGCCUUGUACGAACAAAUUAAGAAGGAACAUGGCUUUGUUGAGGUCAUCGUUAAUAAUGCCGGUAUUAUGCCAUGCCGCCCCUUGUUCGAAUUGAACGAAAAGGAAAUCCGUUUGAUGUACGAAAUCAAUGUUUUGGCUCAUUUCUGGAUCCUCCAAGCUUUCUUGCCCGAUAUGGUUGCCCAAAACAAGGGCCACGUUGUUGCCUUGUCUUCAUGCGCUGGUUUGUUCGGUUUGCCCAAUUUGGUACCAUACUGCGGUACUAAAUUCGCUGUACGUGGUUUGAUGCAGGCUAUGCACGAAGAAUUGCGCAAAUCCAACAAGGAUACUCAGAUCAAAUUCACCACCAUCUACCCCUACAUGGUUGAUACCGGUCUGUGCAAGAAUCCACGCUUCCGUUUCUCAUGGAUGAAAUUGGUUGAUCCCAAAGAGGCUGCCGCCUCCAUCAUUGAAGCUCAACGUACUGGCUUGGAAGAAGCCUCCGUGCCCCGCCAUUUCCUCUACAGUGAAAAGGUUGGUCGCAUUUGGCCCACCAAAGCUAUGCGUAUUGCCAAUGAUUUUGUUGAAGCUUAUGUAGAUCCUGAUAAGCAAUAA